UUUUCACCCGCUCUCGUUCGUUCGUUGAUGUAAUCGCUGCUGGUAACGGCCAGCGAUCGGAUUUUUCGGCAGUCGAUUCAUACGAUACGGUUCGGUAAGUUGACGUGUCGUCACGAUGUAUCAUCUACGUGCCGCUCUGGGUAAACAGCAGCUACUGGUGGGCGCCCUAAGCAUCAGUCGGCGCCGGUUGUUUCUACAAGUUGCUAGCCAGCAACGUGCACGAGCUACUACGAAUGGUCGUGUCCUAGUGGGCGCCACACUGUAUCAUCCAAGUAAACCGGGAGGUGUUUCGAGCCGUCUGCUAUCACAAUCGGUACGACUCUGCCAGACGGCACCAUCGGCAAAGCAGGCGACGAACAGCCCCGGUACCGAGGCCUCCACAAAGAAGACAGAAGCAGCAUCGGCCACACCGGAUGUCGCCCGGCUACUGGAGGAACUGCGAUCGGAUGCGAUCGUGUAUCGGCGUGUGCAGCUCGAGAAGCUCAAGCAAAUCCUCGCCCGACCACUCGAGAUUCCUCGCGAUGCGUUCGAGUUUUUGAUCCGUUGCUGUGGCAACCUGCUGUGUUCGGAAACGAUCGAGACACGGAUGCGUUUGUGCGAGCAGUUCUGGUUCUACCUUGGGCCCGAACCACAGCCCUCGCACUGGAAGGCACUGCUGCAGGUGUACCGUGAGAACGAACACUCGAUCACGGAUGUGCCGGCCCUGCUGGAGAGUAUGGGCCCGAUUGAGAAGGAUGCCGAGCUGUACCGCGCCCUUUUUGCGGCCCUGGCCGAGAAGGGUGAUCUACCGGAGAUGAAACUUGUGAGGGAUAUGAUGCUGAAGCUGGAAAUGCCACUCACGGUGGAGGUGCUGAAUGUGAUGAUACGAGGAAACGGUCGUGCCGGCGAUCUGGACGGUGUACAGAUGGUCCUAGAGACGAUGAGCGCCGGCAACGUGUCAGCGAAUGGGGAGACAUACGGUGAGCUGAUGAUCGCAUUCCUUCGGGACGGUAUGACGGAUCGUGUGCUGAAGCUGGUACGCGAAAAGGGCUCCCAGCUGAAGGAGGACCAUGUGCUCGAACUGCUGGAACUGGCGGUGGACAAACCCAAGCAACCGGAACUGGUCCGUGCACUGCUGAAGCUACUGCCCGAAGAGAUGGUCGAAGAUGGGCGAAUACAUCCGGUGCUACGCAACACACUAAGUGCACUCAUCCGCCAUGGCCGGUACGAUGGUAUGCUGUUACUUUUAGGCGAGCUUCCGGUGCCCCAGUUCCGGGCAAACGAAAACACCGACGGUUACGGAACGUUCCUGAUGGUCGAGAUGCUACGCCAUGGGGCACCGUUCCCGCAGCUGGACAAACUGCUGGCCAUGCUGAUCCGUACGGAGCGUAAUCUGCGUGCCUACCACGUGGCCUGUGAAUGCGCGGCCAAAGCGAGCCACCGGUACUUUGAGCGACUUCUCACAGCACUGGCCCCACUGGAAACACUCCGUCCGCACUAUUUUUGGCCACUGUUUCUGCAACGCUUCAAAUCGGACAGUGAGGCCGGCGUACUGGGCGUGUUGAAGCUGAUGCAGAAGCUAAACGUCGAACCGGACCAGGAAACGAUCGUGACGUACGUGUUGCCGAAGCUUUCCCUGACACUCAAAGAUGCCCGUGCGGGGUUGAAGAUCCUGGAGGAUCGUGGCGUACGGAUGGCAGCACUGAUGACACCCUACAUCUCCCACUUGCUGUACCAGAAUCGGUUCACCGAGGUGCUCGACAUUGUGCGCCGCUAUCCGACCAAGCUCGACACGGAGCAGCUACUGUGGCCGCUGAUACUGCAAGCUAACAUUAAUCGCACCUCAGCCCACCAGCGUACGCUCUGUGAGGUGUUGCGUGCGAUCACGGAUCGUGCAGCCGACCCAAAGCACGAUCUCGCCGGUCAGCUGCUGCUGGAAGUGAUUUCGAACAAAAAAUCGAAACACGACGCCACGAGUCUUCGAUCGCUACUGCGAGAGUUUGAAAAGUAUGAGCUUCGGAUCUCUCGAAUGGCCGCCGGAGUGCUGAAAAACCAUUUCGCCCGGACAAAUGGUUCUGGCGGCAACCGGCAAUCGGCAACAUCCGAAGGACAAGAAUCAACGGAAGGUUUGCUGCGCAAGCUAACCGAAGAUCAGUUGACGAUCCACUCGAAGGAACUGUUCGAGACGAUCACGGUGCAUCCGCGUGACAUGAACUACGACGAGCUCGAGUGUCACCUGGUGGAGCUGGAGCAAAAGAAGCUCAACACACGCGGUGUCCUGCGCCGGUUGCUGCUACUAUGCGUUCGCGAGAAUCGACUCGACCGUGCGCUCGAGCUGAAGCGACGCUGCGAUGCGGCCAAGGUAGAGCAAAGUUCCGGCAUGCUGGCGGCGCUGGUCGAGCUGUACACAAAGUGCGGUGAACCGGAUCAAGCAGGCCGGACGCUCGAUCAGUUACGUCGCCAAUUCCCGGGCUUCACCAUCGACGAACACAAAGUGAUCGAUUACGCCGCUUUGCUCGUAUCACGAGGACAACUGGACGGGGCACGGAAAGUGCUCCGCGAACGGGCCACCACCGGUGGCAAGGUACGUACGGCCGAAGGAGCGACAGCCGGCAAAAACAUCUGGCAGCUGCUCACCAACACGGCACAGUAUGCUGCUGCCUCCAGCGCAAAGGGAACCGCACCUGCCGCCGAGUCACCCAACACUACACGCCAGAUGCUCGAUUUUCUCGUCGAACUCGGCUACUGCUCAUACGACAAUGCGCUGCUGGGACCGGUGUUGCGCGAGUAUCUACUAGCCGGCCAUUACCGACAAGCGAUCGAAGAGUUCAAGCGGAUCGCGAUCGAAAAGCGACGCACACCGUUACAGCUCGAGAUCCUUACGCUGCUGGUAGGCCUAACGAAUGGUACGGGUGACGCAGCGGCCACCAUUUCCGUCGACGAAGCGAAAGCCUUGCUCAGCGAAUUGCUCCAAACGGUCACACAAAUCCACGGUCCGGUCAACACGAACAACACGCUCAUCGUUGCGCUGGCCGAUGCCGGUACGGAGGCACAGCUGCGCCGGAUACUCAUCAAUCCCGAGGUGCGCAUCAACCACUCGUACAUCCUCACACAGUGCGAGUUCCUGAUGGCCAGUGGAAAGGUCGACGUGGUACUACGGUUGGCCAAAUGCAGCAAGGGAUUGGCGAACGUACGGGAGCAGGACUUCCUACAGCUCGUCCUCGGACACUACGUGCGAGAGAACAACUGCGAAGCGGCUGUCCAGCUGUUCCAGCGGUUAGUCAACGAUGAGGACGAACUGAAGGUGACCACCGACUUUGCCCGCAAGCUGUCCAAUCUGCUCGAAGCCAACAACUACGAGGUGCCGGAUGGUUUGAAGCUGUACCUGAAAUAAUUCAUCAGCUUAUUGGUGCUACGAUGACCGGUCAUGUUGGUCAAGUGUAAAUAGCUAGAAGUCAAAGCAAAUCAGCCUAAAGACAUUCAGUCAAUAAAACAUUAAGCUGUUAUCAUCAACAA